AGCACGCUCAUGCCCGGGCAGGACCUGACACCGCCGCACCGCUCUCCAAUGCUCACGACGCUGCUGGUGCUCUCCAGGCUCUGGGCUGGACAUGCCCUCUCUCUGGCCCAGCAGCCACUCUCCGGCCUCCCAAGCUCUUCUGACUUGCCCUUCAGUCUGAAUGUCUCUAGAUUUCAGGAGCUGCGGAAGGGCUAUGAACACCUGCAGAGCAGACUUCAGGAGAACCAGGACUGGGUAGACUGGAGCUCCGAGCUGGUCCCGGCCGCUCAAGUCAGGAUACUCAUCCCAAAGCUACAACUUGGGCCAGGCAGCGACCUGCAUCUGCGCAUCCCCAAGGCCGCCUUGUCUGAGGGGUUCCCCAAAGCCUCCCGCCUGCAUCGCGCCCUGUUCCGACUGUCCCCGACGGCGCCUAAUUCAUGGGACGUGACGCGUCCACUGCGGCGUCAGCUCAGCCUUGGCAAGGUGCCCACACUCCGUCUGCGAUCUUCUCGGCUAGCCGCCCAGGGGCGGGUGAUGGCGUCUUCUGCACAGCCCCAGUUGGAGCUGCAGUGGCUGACAGCCGCCGCCAGGGAGCGCCGCAGCGCGUACGCGCGAACCUCGGACGGCUGCCCGCUCGGGGAGGGGCGCUGCUGCGGCCUGCGGAGCCUGCGCGCGUCGCUGAAGGACCUGGGCUGGGCCGAAUGGGUGAUGGCGCCCCGCGAGGUGGACGUGCGCAUCUGCGUCGGCGCCUGCCCCAGCCAGUUCCGCUCAGCCAACAUGCACGCGCAGAUGCAGGCGCGUCUUCACCGCCUGAACCCCGAGGCCGCGCCCGCGCCCUGCUGCGUGCCCGCCAGCUACGAGCCGGUGGUGCUUAUGCACCGGGAUAGCGACGGCCGCGUGGCGCUCACGCCCUACGACGACCUCGUUGCCAAGGACUGCCACUGCGCUUGAGGCCCCUCAGCCGUCCCUCAUGGGUGUGUGCAGAGAGGUCACCUCAUUCUCCUGUGCGUGCAGAAUGGGCUCUUAGAAACUGAAUACCCGAUCCAUAACCACUCCUGCCCCAAACUCUGUAUUUAUAGGUUUGUAUUUAUUAUUAAUUUAUUGGGGUGGUAUGCCUGGGAACUGGAGGACUGAGGAAAAGGCUGGUCUGAUGAUGCGCAUUUACUUAAAACUCUGGGAAUAAAAAUGAAACUGCUUAACCCAGUCCCUGUGGUGUCCAGGACGGGGCGUGACCUUGGGACGAACCCUCACUUCCUUGGUCAGGGUUCCCUUUGGA